GAAGCAUUACACGUGAUCUGAACAGAACCGCCCUAGAUUACAACCUUACACUUUACUUACUCACCAACGAAAAUGGCAACUCACACAGCUGUUGCAACAAUCGCACUCAAAGGACCACUCGGCAUAAUCCAAGUUCCGACCAUCACACCCCAAGCCGACGAAGUCCGUGUCCGUGUCCAAUGGACCGCCUCAACCCCUCUCGACCUGCACCAAAACGACGGCGGACUCCUCGUCAAGUAUCCGCAAGUGCUCGGCGAUGGCACAGCUGGAACCGUUGUAGAAACGGGUCCAGAUGUGAAAAGAUUGAAGAAAGGAGAUAAAGUAUUUGGGUUCACGUGGAGAGAGCAGCAGGAGAAGGCACAUCAGGAGUUUUGUACCGCGCCAGAGUGGCUGUUUGCGCUUUUGCCAGAAGGCUUCACGAUGGCGGAGGCUGUUACCCUGCCGAAUAAUUUCGUAACCGUGUUUCAUACUCUAACCAUUGAUUUGGGCAUUGAGACUCCUUGGCCUAAGCCAGAAGGUUAUGUUCCAAAGGAUGCGCAAGGCUGGAUUCUGGUAUGGGGCGGUUCGUCGUCGGUUGGUCAAUUUGCGAUUCAGAUCCUCCGAUACUACGGAUAUGAGAAUAUCAUAACCACAGCGUCGAAGAAACAUCAUUCCAAACUCCAGUCAUUCGGUGCUAAAUAUCUCUUUGACUAUAAGUCACCAGAUAUUACGUCCUCGAUCCUCAACACGGUAAAUGUGGGAGGAGAGACUAGCGAGAAGACGGGAUUGUCACUCAUUCUGGAUUGCAUUGGUAGUCAGGAAGGGAGCGUUAAGCCCAUUGCCAAAAUGGCUAAGAAAGGUGCAACAGUGGCAAUCUUGCUGCCCGUCAUUGUGAGAGAUUCUGGGGAGGGUGUGGAUCCGGAGUAUGAGAUGGAUGUGAGCAAGGCGGCGGAAUGGGAUGAGGGCGUCACUGUUAGGGGCGUGAGGACGCAUUUCUAUCUGAAUCCGGACAUCAUGUAUACGAUGCUGAAAGAGCAUAUUGUCGAACCGAAUAACCAGAAGAUCAUUGAGGGUGCUACACUGUUGGAGCGGGCUCAAAAGGCGAUGAAUAUGCUGCGGAGAAAGGAGGCGAGCGGGGAAAGGCUCGUAUGGAGGGUAUCUGAUUCGUAG